GUGCAGUACUUUUAUUUUCAUCUCGUUUUAAGUCUCGCUCGCGAAACGAGACUUUCAUAAUCAAAGAUGGCCGCUCCAAGAAAAGUUGUUCAAGCAGUGAGGCCAGCAUGGAGGGUAGCAUUGUCCAAAUGGGCUUACAACAUGUCGUAUUUCAAUCAGUUGGGUUUGAUGAGGGAUGACUGUUUAAAUGAGACCCCACAGGUUUCAGAGGCUCUUAGACGCCUCCCAAGAAAUGUGAUGGAUGAACGCCAAUUUAGAAUUACUAGAGCCUUGAAUCUUAGCGCCAAAAAAAUAACUUUACCUAAAGAACAAUGGACAAAAUAUGAAGAUGAUGUCCAUUACCUACAACCAUAUUUGGAGGAAGUUGAGAGAGAAUCCAAGGAAAAAGCAGAAUGGAAUAAGCAAUAGCCCCACUUAUCCUAGGAAAUUUUAGCCAUGUACAGUUUAGUUUACGCGUGAGGAGUGACAGUUAUAUAUAAACCUUUAGCGGCUCUUAUCACUACAAUAUCAGGAAUGUAUUUAUUAUACGAGAAGCAAGGAUGUUUAUUUUAGAACAACAUUUUGACAUCGAAAAAAUGAUCCAAUCAUAUUGACUCAAAUCAACUCAAGAAUCUUAGAAAUUUGCAUUUAAUCGUAAAGUAUAUGGAAUUUAAAACAUUUGAUAUAGUUCAUUUUUAGUUUCAUCAAAACCUCAAUUUACUUGAUCAGCAAGAUAGCUUUAUUAUGUACCAACAUAAUAGCAAAUAAAUAUUGUUAUAUAUAAUAUUAUAUUGAAA